ACAAAUAAUUCACUAUCUGCUCCACACACCCAACUGACCAUUAUACCCAUCCCCCUUAAAUGCAAAUGUUUCUUUGCCCUAGAUGGACAUAACAGUAAUUUCGCCCGGACAACCGGCCUUCCCCUCUGACCCCACUGCUUCAGCCUUCAGCCUUUAUAAACCUAACCCACUCACUUACGCCAUUAUCACAGAGCUCAGAGAACUUCACACACUUCCCAUUCUUUGGAAGCUUUCUGCGCACAGGGAGAGAGAAAGAGAGAAAGAGAAAGAGAGAGAGAGAGAAUGGAGGGGAAAGAGGAGGAUGUGAAGUUAGGAGCAAACAAGUUUUCUGAGAGGCAGCCGAUAGGGACGUCGGCGCAGGCGGACAAGGACUACAAGGAGCCACCGCCGGCACCCCUGAUCGAGCCGAGCGAGCUCUACUCAUGGUCCUUCUGGAGAGCAGGAAUUGCGGAGUUCAUGGCCACUUUCCUCUUCCUCUACAUCACUAUUUUGACUGUGAUGGGCGUUGUCAGGUCCCCGAGCAAGUGUGCCACUGUGGGCAUUCAAGGUAUUGCUUGGGCUUUUGGGGGUAUGAUCUUUGCCCUCGUCUACUGCACCGCCGGUAUCUCAGGUGGACACAUAAACCCAGCUGUGACAUUCGGGCUGCUGCUGGCGAGGAAGCUUUCACUGCCCAGAGCCAUAUACUACAUGGUGAUGCAGUGCCUGGGUGCGAUCUGCGGGGCAGGAGUGGUGAAAGGGUUCCAGAAGUCUCAGUACCAGAUGCUGGGUGGUGGAGCUAACGUGGUGAACCCUGGCUACACCAAGGGUGAUGGCCUCGGUGCAGAGAUUGUGGGCACUUUUGUUCUUGUCUACACGGUUUUCUCUGCAACUGAUGCCAAGAGAAGCGCCAGAGACUCCCAUGUCCCAAUUUUGGCUCCACUCCCAAUUGGGUUUGCAGUGUUCUUGGUUCACUUGGCAACCAUUCCCAUCACCGGAACUGGCAUCAACCCCGCCAGAAGUCUUGGAGCUGCCAUCAUCUACAACAGAGAUCACGCCUGGGACGAUCAUUGGAUCUUCUGGGUGGGACCGUUCAUAGGAGCUACACUCGCUGCGCUGUACCACCAGAUAGUCAUCAGAGCCAUGCCAUUCAAGACCAGAGGCUGAGAAAAUUACUUACUCUCACCCUUUUAUCAUGUGAGCUGCUGCGCUGUAUCGCAUACCAGAAGCUAUGAAUUAAAAUCGAUCAUUGCUUUUUCAUUUUCUUUUUAUUGUUAGUGUCCGAGUCUGUACCUUUCUUCCUCCAGUUUCCAUAUCGGUUAAGGUUGAAGCUAAUCAAGAUUGUCAUGAUGUGCAUAUAAGCAUAUAAGAUACUUGGGCAUCUUCUUGUGUGGGCAGCGUUUUGAAUAUAGUCUAGUUUUCAGUUCAA